CAAGGUUCUAGCUUCUAGGUCGGCAUGUCCUCGGUCUUUAUGGAAGGUUUGGUUCCGAUUUCUUGCCUCAUACACAUCCAAGCGGACCAAAUAUUUGGAGUUCUCUGCGCACCGAUUGAGGGUUUUCGCGAUCUUCGAAGACCGAUCUCCAGCCAGGUCUAACUGAUAAGUAAGCAAAAGCAUUGUCGUCUGUUCUCCUCAACGAGUGACUGUCAAGAGUUCAUGUCUGAUCUCAAUGUCCAGCUCCCCACUGCAUUUGAUUCAUUUGCUGAAGCAAAUGCUGAGGACUCUGGUGCUGGUGCAAAGGAGUAUGUCCAUGUGCGCAUACAGCAGAGGAACGGCAGGAAGAGUCUGACAACUGUGCAGGGAUUGAAAAAAGAGUUCAGCUAUAGCAAGAUUUUGAAGGAUCUCAAGAAGGAGUUCUGCUGCAAUGGUACUGUUGUCCAGGACCCUGAACUGGGCCAGGUUAUUCAACUUCAAGGUGAUCAGCGGAAGAAUGUUGCUACUUUUCUAGUUCAGGCUGGCAUCGUUAAGAAGGAACAUAUCAAGAUUCAUGGCUUCUGAGUAACUACAACUACAUAUUUAUCUAACUACAUUUAGAAGUUAUCAGUCUGUAGGCUUUAAGGAGACAUGUUAUUGGCAAAGCUAGUAACGUUGAUUAUAUUAUAUGUUUAUAAGUUUCUGGUUUGAGGUUUUAGGGGAUAUCUGGGUCAAAUGACUUGCUUCUAUGGCCCCUUCUGUAAUAAGAGAAUAUUCCCUUUCCUGGCUUUUGCUUAAACUUUUGGUCGCUAAUUUGCUUAUUCAGGACUUAUCAGCUUUCAGAUCUGCGGUUCUGGGUUAUAAUGAAGGGGUUGGCAUCUAGAUACAUUUGCUUUUUUCGAUCUUUAAUAGUUGUGAGGCAUCCAUUGUUUUC